AUGUCGGUUCCGGCGAGUUUUCAAUACUAUCACCCCGGGGUGAUCGUCCCAACCCCAGAAGUUGCAGAAGAGGACCAAUGGUCUAAGGACCCUAUAACAUUUAGGGACGGUAUGGUAUUCAUUGGUUCUAUCAAAAAUCACAAAGUAGCAUGUGUUCAAUCUAGGAGCACAGGGCAAAUACUCAUCAACAAGGUUUAUGAGAGUGGUCCGUGGCCUGGGGAAUUGCCUUUAGAGCUUCGGAUUUCAACUGCGCCAUUUAUAUCACACCGCCGCUUACCGGAACCUAUCGUAGUUAAUAAAGUCGAGAGAAUAAUAUUCAAUGAACUGGUCGCUUGGCAGCGGAUACGAGACGAUCAAAACGCGGUUUUUUCUCUAUAUUUUGCAUACUACAACGGCGGAAAUCUGGAACAGUUCAUGGAUAGAUAUUUCCAACUGCUCCUACCAAUACCGGAACAUUUCAUUUGGCUCGUAGCUGAGAGGCUCGCCCAAGCCAUCCGAUUCUUCCAGUUCGGUACGCCGCCAGGUGGUCAUCACGAGCAAGAGGAUUGGGAAUUUAUUUCUCACCGCGACUUAUUUCCUAACAACAUUCUCAUUCACUAUCAUGGCCGUCGUCCAGGCCGGCAACCGAAUGCCGGUCAAGAAACUAAUGCUUUCCCCCAAAUUGUUGUAGGUGAUUUUGGCGAGGCUAAUAUGGAGAACGACGACGACGAUAUAAUAUCGAAUGGCGUCUUAUAUUUUAUGGGAGAGGUCCUUCGAAGAAUGGUUCAAACACAUAUACCUUACGGCCAUGCUGAGAGCGACCUUGACAGGCCGAAUGGACGCCCAAUGAACACGGUGAAUAGUCACAUCUUUGCUCCCUACGUCCCUUACUCGGACGAACUUAUCGAAAUGCUUACACAUUUUGAAUUCCCUGGUUCCCAAAACGGCGCUAUGAUAACCGAUACAAUGCAAGACCCGCAGGGCAAUACUGUGCCUCUUUCUAAUUCUGUCCCUACUGCUGAGUGGGUUGUCAACACAAUGUUGCCACUGGCUCGGAGGAAGGUUAGGCGAUAUCGAGGCUUCGGCAACCAGCCUAGAGGAUAUUUCGACGCGCUAGACGUAUCGUGGACGAGACCCAGGAAAAUGAUGCCUUAUGAGUAUACAUUUCGACCGGUUGUACAGGGCGGCGGUAAUGCAAACAAUGAACAUAACGACGACGACGACGCACAUAGUGAACAUGACGAUGACGAUACACAUAACGAACCGGACGACAACGAUGCAAACAGUGAAGAGGACGACGACGAAGAUACACAUAGUGGACAGGGCGACAGUGAUACGGGCAUUAGCCAAAUGAGGAAAAUGCUGGACAGGCGCGAUAUAAGCAUGUACGAACGAUGGAACCAUAUAAAGCCCAAUUUUACAACACUUUGGUAUAAGGACCCGGCUGUUUACGACCUUCCGGCCGGACCACCGCCCGCCCCGCUCCCACCUCCGCCGCCCGGCGGCGACUCAGACAUAGAUUCAACUCCAGACCUUGAUUCUGAUGACGGUUCUAACGAUGAUGAUCUCGACGGCCCGGAUCCUGACGAAGAUAGGACUGGCAAUUAUAGGCCCGGUAGAUCCUGGAACCCAUGA